AGAAAUAUGUUUGAGAUUAAAAGGAGUUGGAGUUGAUGUUAGCAAGCUAGUUCAUCUGGCACGCCAGCAACAAGAUCAGUGGCCUUUAAACAUGACGUCUACAUCAGCUUCGUCGAUACCAACAUAUCCCACAGUCCCACUUUCUAAUGGCCUGCAAAUUCCAAUACUGGGACUAGGUACAUCUCACCACGGGGGGUACUCCCAUCGGGCGGUGGUGUACGCCCUGCGUGACUGCGGCCUACGGCACAUCGACACAGCGCGGCGGUACGGCUGUGAGGAGCAGCUGGGUGUGGCCGUGCAGGAGAGCGGCGUGCGCAGGGAGGACCUGUGGCUGACCACCAAGCUGUGGCCGGGGGACUAUGGCUACCUGAGCACCCGGCAAGCCUGCCUCGCCUCCUGCAAGCGCCUGGGGGUGGACUACCUGGAUCUGUACCUAAUGCACUGGCCGGACUGCUCAGUCCCUGGGCGGUCCAAUCGAGAGGUUCGGGCGGAGACAUGGAGGGCACUGGAGGAGCUGUACGAUGAAGGGGUGUGUCGGGCGAUCGGCGUGAGUAACUUUCUCAUCCCCCACCUGGAAGAGCUGAAGGAGGACUGCGGCAUCGUUCCACACGUCAACCAGGUGGAGUACCACCCAUUCCAGCAGCCUCAGGAGAUAGUACAGUACUGUCGCAGGGAGGGCAUCGUGUUCGAGGGGUACUGCCCGCUGGCCAAGGGAGAGGCCCUCACCCACCCUGCCAUCCUCCACCUGGCGGACAAGUACAAGCGCACCCCUGCCCAAAUCUGCAUCCGCUGGAGCAUACAGAACGGUGUCGUGACGAUUCCCAAGUCAACCAAAGAGGAGAGAAUUUGGGAGAACUGUCAGGUGUUUGGGUUCUCACUCCUUCAGGAAGACAUGGAUUAUGCAAAGACCCUCCACAGCAACAAGAAAGUGAUCCAUCUCAGUUACCCGCUCUGGAAAGGAUAACCACUGACAGCAUGGACAACCAGUCGCUUUCCGGCAGGGGCAUUUCCCUCUCUGAUAAGAGAGUGCUGACGCUGGGAACGGCUGGAAAAACAAAGGGCAUGCCUUCCCCGCUGCUGAUGCACGGCUUUCUAGGAAAAGGCAACCUCCUCCACCCAAAACCUACAGGUUCACACAAGUGAAGCGGGCACUGAACCAUGCAGGCAGGCUCGCUCACAUGUAGUUUUGCUGUGUUAUGUUUCGUGUUCUUUCUGUGUUUUAGAUUUGCAUUUUGGAUCCCCAAACAAAGAUGAUAUGAUGCCCAAGAAAGUAGUGUUGCCCGGGUGAUGACAACUUCCCUUUCAAAUCCACAGCUCAUUUAUUGCAGCCAAUAUCAGGUCCUCAGUAUCAAGGGGACUCCAAGGCAAUGUACACCUCACUUUGGAAAAUACUUGGUUUUGCUGCUGUAACUGAACAUGUUCUGGAAUCGCCAUGCACAAAGGAGAUAAAGGGAACAGUCUUACUGAAAACAACCAAAGGUUAAAAUCUACUGGUGCCAUAAUCACAGGAAAUACUGCAUGACUGAUUUGCAUCAUAAACACCCUUGCACAGGGCAACCUACAUACCUUAUAUUUUUAAUAUAUUGUCUAUUUUUAUAGCUAAGUAUUUUACUGAAGUAAUUCUGGACAAAUAUCCACUGUACAAGGGUACAGCGUUCGU